AUGAUGGAGGAGGUCAGAGAUGGAGGAGGUCAGAGAUGGAGGAGGUCACUGAUGGAGGAGGUCAGAGAUGGAGGAGGUCAGAGAUGGAGGAGGUCAGAGAUGGAGGAGGUCACUGAUGGAGGAGGUCAGAGAUGGAGGAGGUCAGAGAUGGAGGAGGUCACUGAUGGAGGAGGUCAGAGAUGGAGGAGGUCAGAGAUGGAGGAGGUCAGAGAUGGAGGAGGUCAGAGAUGGAGGAGGUCAGUGAUGGAGGAGGAGGUCAGUGAUGGAGGAGGUCAGAGAUGGAGGAGGUCAGUGAUGGAGGAGGUCACUGAUGGAGGAGGUCAGAGAUGGAGGAGGUCAGAGAUGGAGGAGGUCAGUGAUGGAGGAGGUCAGAGAUGGAGGAGGUCAGAGAUGAUGGAGGAGGUCAGAGAUGGAGGAGGUCAGUGA